ACAAAUCAAUACUUGAUCAAGGCAGCGGAAACAGCGGAGUGCGAGUGCGGGCUAAUCAAAUCGAUCCCGCACUUUCUCUUCUGCUGCAGGAGGUGGGAAAGGCCGAGACAGAAGCUCCGGAUGCAGCUUGGAGAGCGAUUCGGAGACCUUUCGUACACGCUUGGGGGAUACUCGAGCCGACAGGAAGGAGGCGAAAGCAUCGACGGGCCGAUAGAGCGAUGGAAGCCAGACAUAGAGGUGGUGCGAGCCACGAUCCAGUUCGCGAUGGACACGAAACAUCUACAGUCAGUUAGCAACGACACAGCAAGGGCAGAAACAGACAACAACGAGCGACAACGUCUAGGAAUUCCGAUAUCUAUUUUAUAA